UUUAAAUGAAACGAACAAACAAGGUAAGACUCAUUUAUAGUGUUUGAUUCAUGCCUUGACGAUUUUCUAGAUUUGGUUAAGGAGGUAAGAUGCUCUCUUUAGAGGCUUUACACUUGACUUAUAUCAAAAAAGAUACUUGAUCGACAAGAAAUGCUGAAAAACGAACUGAGUCAAUUCAGAGACUAUACAAGCAAAGAUGAGGAUACAAAGACGAAAUUGCUGGAGAGGAUAACAGAGUUAGAAAAGGAUAAACAAAAGCAACAAGAGCAUAUUCAAGAAUUAUAUAGAGAAGUCAAUCAGUUGAGACUUGUAGCUCAAGAAAAGACAGAAAAGGAACAAAAGGUCGAGUCGAUACAAUCGAUGGAAGUAGACGCAUCUACUACUACUACUAUUCAAAAAGAUCCCGUGUUUGAUCGAUUCUUAGAUUUAAGAAAGAAGCUACGACGAAGUAUCUUUCGAGGCGAAGAGUAUUCUCAUGAUGCAGAUGUAAUUAUGGGUGAAAUUGAGCAGUUUCAAGAUGUGACAUUUGAACUUGUCAAGGAAACAAAUAUGGGCAAAUUGCUCAAACUGAUCACACAACGAGAAUUCAAGCAUGAUCCAUACAACAUUAAACAGAGAGCCAAGACUUUGUUUAAGAAAUAUGCUAAAAUAUCUAUACCCAUCUUGGCAUCCAAGAAACCAAGUCAGAUGGUGGCUAUUAGUGUAGACGCUGGUGGAGAAGAAGAGUUUAUAUCGGAUAUGCGUAAUGCUUUACAUAGUUUACAAGAUGAGAAUAACAAGCUAAAGUGCAAAUUAAAGAUUAUGCAAGAAGGUCAAAGGAGGUUAAAGGAAGCCUUUGAAAAGACGCGAUCUACUCCUGUUUUAUCACAAGAGUCAAGGGAUACAGAGUCAGAAUCAUUUAGUCCGGUCUUGGGUGCAGUAAAAGAAGAGGAGGAUCACUUGACACUGAUUGAUGAUGUGGAUAAUAUGGCCUUAAGUCCAGGGCAAUCAACAUUUCCUAGACAAAUGAAAAGAAAAAGGGUACAUAUGAACAUAUAUAAAGCUACAAUCUAACAUUGCUUUAUUCACAGACAUCCAUACGACAACCAUUCAUUUAAUCCUUUAAAUAAAAUGAAGUUUCUCCGGAGUUUUAAUAUUUGCAUUGAUAUUGUUUUUGUUUACACCCAUUUCUGUUUUCUUUUUUUUUUU